AUGGAUAUAUCAAGUUGUCCUUCCCCGUCCGACUCGGAUAAGACUGGUCAUGACUGCAGAAGGCAAGGUGUAUGGCGCCGCUUUAUGAACCGAUUGGGCUUAACCUCGAACUCCAAGGAAGCCCCGGUGAAAACCAGUCAUCGCUCACUGUUUAGUUGUGGUGCGCUCCGUUCCAGGGUGUCCAAACGCACUGCAGGCGUACAAGAUAAACUUCCUCGGGUACAUCGAAAGAAAAACAAACGGGUUCCCGGACAUGUUGUAUUUGACGACAGCAGUAAGGCCGAAGUAUGGAAUGACAUCUUGCAAAACAGCAUCCUUGGCUCAGGUCUGGUGGUCAAGGCCACUUUGUGCAAUCGUGCAACACGCAAGAUAUAUGCUUAUGGGCCUGAUGACUUCACUCCUUCUAUGGAACAGUUGGACGUCCUGUUGGAUAUGUUGCACGUAAGCAUGUUGUUAUCAAAGCUUGCCUUACUGGUACAAAUAUUUUACAUAUUUUAA